AUGGAGCCCACCGACGAGGCCGCGAGCCUCCUCGGCAGGCAGCGCCCGCGUCGCUGGACGGCGCCGCUGGCGCUGGGCGUCGCCGGGACCCUGGCCGUCGCCUGGACGCAGCAAAGGACACGAGCACCACCCCAGCUCCAGGAAACGACGACCUGGGACCCGAGCUCCAUCUGUCUGGUUCACGCGGCCUAUGGGGACUACGUGGCCCUGUCCCAGGAGCGCACGCUCCCGCUCAAGCGCGCCUACGCGGAGAAGCACGGCUACCGCGUCGUCGCGCGCCUCGAGGACACCCUCGAGGAUCUGGCGGCCGCGUGCCCCGACGCGUAUUCCACGACGGCCGACGACGGCUUCGAGUACACGAUGGCCUCGGCCAAGUACUGCUCGCUCGAGGUCGCGCGGCGCAGCGGCUGCGAGUGGGCCUUCUGGACCGACGCCGACGCCGUCUUCGUCGCGACGGACGCGGCGCUCGACCGGUGGCUGCCCGCGGACGGCGGCGCGUUCGCCGUCUGGUCGACGCCGACGUACGUCGGCGGCUUCUGCGGGCCCGAGGCCCUGGCCGGGGGCUGCGCCGACGCGGGCUUCCUGGGCAGCUGCGUGAACCUGGGCGCCUUCCUGCUCCGGGUCGGCUCGGACGAGGGGCGGACGUUCCUGCGGGCGAUGCUGGAUCUGUCCAUGCCCGACAUCGUCGCCUCGGGCUUCGACUCCACCUACACGCUGGCCGGGGGGCACACCAUCGGCGACCAGUGCAAGGGCAUCCACGAGGCGACGCAGGACAACGACCAGUGCGGCCUCGCGUAUUUGUUGCAGGAGCGGCCGGCGCUCUUCGACGGGAGCCUCUGCGCGGGGGCCCACGGCGAGAGCGCCUGGCCCGUGCCCAACGACUGCGGCGACGGCGACGGCGCCGUGGACCUGCAGUUGCUGGACACGACGCUCGCCGCGUCCUCGUGCCCGCUCGUCGUCAACUGCGUCCGCGGCCUCGACCCGGACGCGGACAAGGGCGUCGCCAUCGACGCCGUCCUCGCGUCCUACGGCAUCGCGGCGCCCGCGAGCCCCGCGGCGGUGUCGGACGCGGCGGCGGACGCGGCGAAUCCCGCGACGGCGCCCGCGGCGGCGGACGCGGCGGCGGACGCGGUUCCGGACGCGGUGGCGUCGCUCCCGGCCGCGGCGUCGGACGCGGCGGCGGAUCCCGCGACGGCGCCCGCGGCGGCGGACGCGGCGGCGUCGCUCCCGGCCGCGGCGCUCGCGCGGCUCGCCCAGGCCUGCGACGACUUCGCGGGCUACGACUUUGAGGCCUGCGCCGGCGCCGAGCUCAGCCUCGGCGGCGACCCGGGCAAGUUCGGCGCCGACGCGGCCACGUACGGCGCCGCCGCGACGGGCGGCGCGUGCGCGGCCGCGGGCGCCGAGGGCUGGUACGUGCCCUGCAAGUGGCAGAUGAUCGCGCAGAUGGACGCGGUCUGCGCGGGCACCUUCGAGGCCGUACCGCCCGCGGCGACGCGCGGCGAGCCCCGGACGACGCAGUGCCAGGUCCACGCGUUCUGCGACGCGUGCCGCGACGACGCGGGCGCGCUCGCGGCGUCCUGCGCGUCCUACCUCGCCAUGAACCCGCAGAUCCUCGACGAUGGGCGCGACGACUGGGCGGACCGCGACGCGAGCGCGGGACAGGGCAGGACAAGAGAGCGAAAUUCCCAACUUCAAAGGCUCCUUUCUCGGCCGUUUUCCACUCGUUUUGGCUGA